CCGUGCGUAAAACUGUAAAUAUUAAUUAAUGUCCGUCUAUAUAAUAUAUAAAUACACACACUCUCUAUAUAUAUCACUUGGGAUGAACAAGGUAGGCAGUACAGAACACCCAACAAGAAGAGAAAAAUGUUUGGUACAGUUUCAGAAGAGAUGGAAGUGAAAGUUUCAGCCACAGAAGCAUGGAAACUCUACGGAACGCUUCAGCUAGCAAAGCUUAUUGAAGAAGAGCUCACUGAUGUCAUUCACAAACUUGAGAUUCAUGGUGAUGGAGGUGUUGGCACAAUUCUCAACAUAACAUUUCCACCAGGGACGCCGUUUUUUUCUUCUUACAAGGAGAAGUUUACAAAGAUGGACCAUGAGAAGCGAGUGAAAGAAGCAGAGGUGAUUGAAGGAGGUUAUCUUGAUUUAGGGUUUACUCUGUAUAGAGGUCGCUUUGAAGUGAUAGAGAAAAGUGAGAAUACGUGCAUAACCAAGACCACAAUUGAGUAUGAAAUCAAGGAAGAGGCUGCUGCUAAUGCUUCAAUUGUUAGUAUCCAGCCGAUGGUGAAAAUUAUGGAAGUUGCAGCCAAUUAUUUCAUCAAAAACAAAAAGUAAUUUAUGAUUUGUAUUCACCUUCAAAACUGUCAUCGGCUUAUAAAUGUUAUCAAAUAAAUUUCAUGUAGCUUGUUAAAUUUGCUUUUUUCAAUAAAUUAAACUCUUUUUUUCAUAAA